AUGUCAAAGAUCACAAAGGAGCGGAAGAAGGUGGCUCAGCUCCAGGAGAUCGAGAAGGACAUUCAGGAGCUGUGGGACAGCAGGAAAGCUUUCGAAUCUGACGCCAGAGAUGAGUGAGUGUAUUUUUGCACAUAAAAAUUUCAAUUAGAAACGGAUCUCGAAAUACCGCUCAUGCACAUUUCAAAUAAAUUAUGUUUUCAGCGGCAAGCCAAAGUACCUGGUCACUUUCCCGUAUCCGUACAUGAACGGACGUCUCCAUCUGGGACACACUUUCACCGCGUCCAAAUGCGAAUUCGCGGCCGGAUACCAACGUCUUCAGGGCAAGCAAGUGCUCUUUCCGUUCGGAUUUCACUGCACCGGAAUGCCGAUUAAAGCGUGCGCCGACAAAUUGAAGAGAGAAAUGGAAGAUUUCGGAUACCCGCCAAACUUUCCGGAAGACGUGGAAGAGGUGAAAGAGGAGGUUUCUGCUCUUGAAGAGAUCACCAAGGACAAGAGUAAGGGAAAGAAGAGCAAGCUGGUGGCGAAGGCGGGGAGUGCCAAGUACCAAUGGCAGAUUAUGCAGUCGUUGGGACUUUCGGACGAGGAGAUUCGCGAGUUCUCCGACCCGAAUCACUGGCUGUACUACUUCCCACCACACUGCAUUAAUGACCUGAAAAAGAUGGGAAUCAAGGUGAUUAUUCAUUUACCAUGCAUUCAGUAUCAUUCGUUCUUCAGGCUGACUGGCGUCGAUCCUUCAUUACCACUGACGUCAAUCCGUACUACGAUUCGUUCGUGCGUUGGCAGUUCAAUCAAUUGAGAGCCGCCAAGAAGAUCGAUUUCGGAAAGCGAUACACGAUCUACUCCCCGAAAGACGGACAGCCAUGCAUGGAUCACGACCGUGCCAGUGGAGAAGGAGUCGGGCCGCAGGAAUACACUCUGAUAAAACUGAAGGUGCUCGAUCCGAAGCCGGCCGCCAUUGCCCAUAUCAAACAGGACGUGUUCCUAGUUGCGGCCACUCUCCGCCCGGAGACCAUGUACGGACAAACCAAUUGUUAUCUGCACCCGGAUAUCCAAUAUUCUGUGUUUUAUGCGACCGAGAAGGAAGACCAAGUGUUCGUCGCCACGGCGAGAUCCGCCAGAAUCAUGUCCUACCAGGGAUUGACGAAGGAAAACGGAAAGAUCCGCUUCGUGGAUGGACUUGAGAAGAUCGCCGGAAGCAAGCUGCUCGGAGCUCCAUUGGCUGCUCCUUUGGCCAAGUACGGAAAAGUGUACGCGCUUCCUAUGCUGACCAUCAAGGACGACAAGGGAACCGGCGUGGUCACUUCUGUGCCUUCUGACUCUCCAGAUGACUUUGCUGCUCUUUCUGAUCUCAAGAAAAAGAAGCCGCUGCGGGAGAAGUAUGGACUCAGCGACGAUAUGGUUCUGCCAUUCGAACCAGUUCCAAUAAUUGAAAUCGAAGGACUCGGAAACUUGGCAGCAGUCGAAAUGUGCUCUCGUCUGAAGAUCGAAUCACAGAAUGAGAAAGACAAGUUGGAAGAAGCAAAGAAGGAAGUUUAUCUGAAGGGAUUCUACGAUGGAGUGAUGCUUGUUGGAAAGUACGCUGGAAAGAAGACUGCCGACGUGAAGAAGGUGAUUCAGGACGAUCUUCUGGCUGAAGGACUCGCUACUAAGUACGUGGAGCCAGAGAAGAAAGUUGUGAGCCGAUCGGGAGACGAGUGCGUCGUUGCCCUGUGUGAUCAGUGGUAUCUGAACUACGGAGAUCCGGAAUGGAAGACGGAAUGCAAAAAGGUUCUCGAACAGACGAACACUUUCAACGAUGAGGUACCAAUCGUUAGCUUCCAAUAUUCAUUAGAAAAUGUUUGUUUCAGACCCGCCGCGGACUCGAGACUACCAUCAACUGGCUGCAUGAGCACGCAUGCUCUCGCAGUUACGGACUCGGAACCAAACUUCCAUGGGAUCCACAAUAUCUUAUCGAAUCUCUGUCCGACUCUACUAUCUACAAUGCCUACUACACCAUCGCCCAUCUUCUUCAGCAAGGAUCCCUCGAUGGAUCCGUUGUUGGACCAGCCGGAAUCAAAGCGGAGCAGAUGACGGACGGUGCUUGGAACUACGUGUUCCAUGGAGAGAUUUACGAUUCGAAGACGAUGCCUUUGGCAGAGGAGAAACUGAAGUUGCUGCGAAAGGAGUUCCUUUACUGGUAUCCAAUCGACAUGCGUGCUUCCGGAAAGGAUCUCGUCCAGAACCAUCUCACCUAUUUGCUGUUCAACCACGUGGCCAUCUGGCCCACGGACACUUCCAAAUGGCCAAAGGGAAUCCGUGCAAACGGACACUUGUUGCUGAACAAUGAGAAGAUGUCCAAAUCGACUGGAAACUUCAUGACUCUGGAGGAAGCCAUCGAGAAGUUCUCCGCCGACGGAAUGCGUCUCUCAUUGGCCGAUGCCGGAGACGGUCUGGAGGAUGCCAACUUUGUGUACGCGAUGGCCGAUGCUGCCAUUCUCCGACUGUUCAACUUGAUCGAAUGGAUCAAGGAAAUGAUCGAACAUCGCGAUUUGGGACUUCUCCGAAGAGACUCAUCCAGAUUCGCCGACCGUGUGUUUGCCAACGAGAUGAACGCUCUGAUUCAGGCAACUGAGCAUCAUUACGAGGCGACCAACUACAAGGAGGCUCUGAAGACUGGCUUCUUCGAGUUCCAGGCCAUCAGGGAUAUGUACCGCGAACUGUGUGCUGGAAUCGACGAGCCAAUGAGCGAGUCUCUCGUGUUCCGCUUUAUCGAGUCCCAAAUGCUCAUUCUUUCUCCGAUCUGCCCGCACAUCGCAGAGCACGUUUGGCAAUUGCUCAAGAAGGAAGGGCUGAUUGUGGAGGCCGCCUGGCCAAGCACAAGCCCCGUUGACGAGAAGCUCGCUCUUGGGUCUCGUUUCAUCUCGGACGCCCUUGCCGAGUUCCGUGCUCGUCUGAAGACAUACCUGCAGCCAAAGAAGAAGUCGCCGAAGGAAGUGGUUCAAGUGCCGACAGAAGCCGUUAUCUACGUCGCAAAGGAGUAUCCGCCAUGGCAGAAAACCAUCCUUGACAUUUUGGAGAAACAGGCGAAGGCGAACAACGGCGCUCUUCCGGACAACAAAACCAUCAGUCAGCUGAUUGGAAAAGAAGAAUCACUGAAGAAGUUCGCGAAGAAGGCGAUGCCAUUUGUGCAGAUGAUCAAGGAGAAGUUUGAGCAGAAGGGAGUAUCUGCGCUCGCUUCUUCCAGUCCGAUAGAUCAGACAGCCAUUCUGAACGAGAACAUUGACUUCAUUCUGAAUGCGCUGGAUUUGGAUCGUGUAUCCAUCAGACAUACUGACGAGAACGGAGUCGAUGCCAACGUUGUGGAGACGACUGUGCCUCUGCUUCCACUCAUGCACUUCCUGCCAAACAGGGUGAGAACACACGAAAGAGUUCGAUAGGAAUGCCAUUAUUUCAGCCAAAUGUGGAGCUCGUCGCUAGAAAUGUUCAAAUCUGCAACGGAAUGUUCGACGUCGUUGUUCCGAUCGUCGACGGAGACACUGUUGCCAUGGUCGCCAGGAAGCUGCGAAGAAUAAGCAAGGCCAUCAAACGUGCGCGAAUGUGAAUGGUUUCUUGAUGCAAUUUUUUCCUUUUCAGCCAAGUUCGAGGUGUCUUUGUGGAGAUAUAAUGACUCCGUCUGGGGAGACCGAAAAGUUGUCUCGUGCAACAAUCCGUUCGAGCAAAACACCAAAUUGGCAGAAGGAGACGUGUUCCAACUGGUGAACGGAAAGAUUACUGUUACUUCUGGAACCGAGAAGUACGACAUUGGACACACGGUCGUCUAUUCUGCUGUUGUUCCGGAGAACUGA